CGUAGAGAAAGCAAGAUCGAAAGGAUGUUCGAAGAGUGUCGACUUUUUCAAGCAAGGGAUUUUGUGUCUUUGCUGGAGCCCUGCUUCUUAAUGUGUCGUGUCUUCGGACUUUUCCCUUACAAGAUAACAUCGGACAGACGACAAAUCGUACAUUCAAACUGGAGAUUCAUUUGUUCGUUAAUUACAAUGCUAGCGACCAUUCUGACUCUAGCAUAUGUAAUGUAUGAGUUUGAUUUCACCGACGACCUAGAAAAGAGAAACGUUCCCGGAUUAUUGCAAGGCAAUUGCUAUAUGUUCCUUACUUUGCUUAUAAGUAUUUCUUCCAUGUUCUAUAUAAAUUCCAAAUUAAAAUUCCUUCAGCAGCUCAAUGUCAUAUCUUCGAAGUUUCCGGAAAAAACUUUAAUAAAAAUAUCUCGGGUGGUCCAUGCAAAGGACAUUUUCGGAUUUCUUAUUCUGUUCGCACAAGUAGGAAGUGGUCAUACACAGGACAAUAGAGGGAUUUUGAUAAAUGCUUUUGGGUUAUAUUUAACAAUAAUGGUGUACACACUGGACAUGAUUUAUGUCGACUGCGUCUACGUGAUUUAUGCCGGGUUUAAAAACGUCAACAAGCAUCUUCAGGAUCUUCGAAAGUUCAUAAACAGGAAACCUCAUCUUCUUCGCAGAGACUACCACCGGUACCAAAAUCCUAUAAUUUUGUCGGAAUUAAAAUCACUCAAGGAAAAACAUCACGACUUGAGCGAAAGUGUUCAGCAAUUAAAUAAUGUUUUUGGCUUUCAAAUUGGCACCACUGUCGCACUAACGUUUACCGAGGUCACAUUUAGCAUAUACUUUUUACUUCUUCAAGAAAUAAAUAAGAAGAAUCUUGAAUCGAAGAAUCAAAUUUGGUAUUGGCACUUCGUGAGGUCCAUGACUUAUCACUUCAUAAAAUUCCUUGUAAUAAUAUUUACGUGCGAGACGACGAAAAACGAAUCCCUACAGACAGGAAAUCUUAUUCACAAGAUGCUCAUUCGCAUAGCUGACCUUGACGUUAAGCAAGAGCUACAACUCUUUUCGUUGCAAUUGCUUCACAGAAGCAAUACCUUUGACGGCAGAGGAAUUGCCAUUGACGCUACGCUUCUUAAGGCUGGGUGAAAAACAAUAAUAAAGAGUCUCCUGCUUGGCCGAUCGCAGAAAGAUAACUGACAUUACACCGGCAUGCACCUAGCCCGAAGAGCCCCUUGUGAGUUUAAAACAUCGACCGGACUCGUCAACGGGAGGUUAGAUGGGUAGCUCGGAAAUGUUCCGCGGGGAAUCCGAAUCGAUAUAGGCGCUCACUGAUUCAAGCGGCAACAACAGCAUCCGACGCCGAAGAUACAGCGCAGCAGCGAUUGACGCACCCGCACCCUUACAAUGGACAGAGACAGGAAUCUGUUAUAUAAUUAAUCUCUCUGCAGAAGAUCAUUCACGUGCAAUGAACGGUAAGAGUAAUAGUAUUUUCGAGUAUCUUGUGCUUAAAGGAAUGAGGUUAUUGAUAAGUAUUUGUUGAAUAUUCUAAAAUUGUUGUCUCCUAUUUACAGAUGUACAGUAUUGUACCCAAUUGCUUCUAAAUGCUAAGGAUAUAAAAAAUGAAGCCAUAGAAUGGGAAGCACUCGAUCAAUUAACUUCUGACGCUCAUAAUAGUAUCCUGUCAUGAAAUGUAUAAUAGAAUUUUGAUAUUUUUUUUUAACAUUAUAUGCAAUAAUUAUUGACAGAUGGAUUCAGAUGG